AACUGUCUCUCUCCUUUCUUCCCCGUUGUAGCUAAUUUCCCUAAACAUUACUCACCACUCGUUAUCCUCUUCUCUCCGAUUGAAUCCUUCGCCACCGUUUCCCCACUUCCCGACCUCUGAUCUUCGUCACCUACCCUCGCCGGAGCUUCCGUUUGCUUCUUUUUUCCGUUACUUCAAUGGGUUGAAGAGGAAGUAGCGGAUUGCUUGCUAAAAAUGGAGUGGGACAGUAAUUCCGAUCUGAGCGGGGAUGAGGAGGAGGGCUUCAUGCUUAACGAUGGCGGUCCACUUCCUUUCCCUGUCCAGAACUUGUUUCAAACUGCCCCCUGUGGGUUUGUUGUCACCGACGCUCUCGAGCCUGACCACCCCAUCAUUUAUGUCAACACCGUCUUCGAGAUGGUCACUGGGUAUCGCGCUGAGGAGGUUCUCGGUCGCAAUUGCCGUUUCUUACAGUGUAGAGGACCAUUCGCAAAAAGAAGGCAUCCCUUGGUAGACUCCACGGUAGUUUCUGAAAUAAGGAGAUGCCUUGAUGAGGGCGUCGAAUUCCAAGGGGAGCUGUUGAACUUCAGGAAGGAUGGAACCCCUUUGAUGAACAGAUUGCAUCUUACUCCAAUAUAUGGAGAUGAUGGUAUAAUCACGCAUGUUAUUGGGAUCCAAUUCUUCACAGAGGCAAACAUUGAUCUCGGUCCAGCGCCUGGGUCUUCCAUAAAGGAGUCUACAAAGUCAUUUGACAGUUCUCGCUUUGGUUUGUCUCUUUUCCGGCCUAUUCCAGUUGGGGACCGAAACGUUUGUCGAGGGUUUUGUGGGAUACUGCAAUUAAGUGAUGAGGUGAUUUCUUUAAAGAUACUUUCACGACUAACUCCCAGAGAUAUUGCUUCAGUUGGUUCUGUCUGUAGGAGACUCUAUGAGCUGACAAAGAAUGAGGAUCUUUGGAGGAUGGUUUGUCAGAAUGCAUGGGGUAGUGAGACAACUCGUGUUUUAGAGACUGUGCCUGGUGCAAAGAGAUUGGGAUGGGGUCGGUUGGCAAGGGAAUUGACCACACUUGAGGCAGCAACAUGGAGGAAACUAACCGUAGCAGGUGCUGUUGAACCAUCUAGGUGCAACUUUAGUGCUUGUGCUGUUGGGAAUCGUGUUGUACUUUUUGGUGGGGAAGGAGUGAACAUGCAACCAAUGAAUGACACGUUUGUGUUGGAUUUAAAUGCCAGCAACCCAGAGUGGGAACAUGUCCAAGUAAGCUCUCCUCCUCCUGGUCGCUGGGGUCAUACACUUUCUUGUGUGAAUAGUUCUCAUCUGGUGGUAUUUGGAGGCUGCGGAACACAGGGCCUGCUGAAUGACGUUUUUGUGUUGGAUUUGGAUGCAAAACCUCCAACUUGGCGUGAAAUAUCAGGGUUGGCCCCACCACUUCCUAGAUCAUGGCACAGCUCCUGCACCCUUGAUGGUACAAAGCUGAUAGUUUCUGGUGGUUGUGCAGAUUCUGGAGUACUUCUUAGUGAUACUUUUCUACUUGAUCUUUCAAUGGAGAAACCUGUCUGGAGAGAAAUACCAGUGGCAUGGACCCCACCAUCUCGUUUGGGUCACACACUGUCAGUUUAUGGUGGUAGGAAAAUAUUGAUGUUUGGGGGUCUAGCCAAGAGUGGUCCCCUAAGAUUCCGUUCUAGUGAUGUAUUCACAAUGGAUUUGAGUGAGGAGGAACCUUGCUGGAGAUCUGUAACUGGGAGUGGAAUGCCUGGUGCUGGAAACCCAGGGGGAAUGGCUCCACCUCCUAGGCUUGAUCAUGUUGCUGUUAACCUUCCUGGUGGAAGAAUCCUUAUUUUUGGUGGGUCUGUUGCUGGUCUUCGCUCUGCUUCCCAACUAUAUCUCCUGGACCCCACUGAAGAGAAGCCUACAUGGAGGAUAUUGAAUGUUCCUGGGAUACCCCCAAGGUUUGCUUGGGGGCAUAGUACUUGUGUUGUUGGUGGGACAAGGGCUAUUGUCCUUGGUGGUCAAACAGGUGAGGAGUGGAUGCUAACUGAGCUCCAUGAGCUAUCACUGGCAAGUUCUGUUGUCUGAUUAAAGAAUAUGCAUGAAAGGAAGAACAAUUUGUUGUAAAGUCAUUGGAACUCACUGAAUACAAUUCCACAAUGAGAAGACCAUCUUGACAAUCAAUUGGAGGACAUUGUUCAGUCACUGAACAACAACAAAAGAAAUCUCAACAAACAUUUGGUCUGGUCAGGACUUUUGUAAUAGGUGAUUGUUGAUAAUGCGUUUUCAUGUACAAGGUUGUUCUGGCUCGGGAUAAACUUUGAAAUGAGUGACUUGAACCGUGUUUUGUUUUUUACUUUGUAAGGUUUGUAUUGGAACUACCUGACAAUACUCACAAUGGACUAUUCUUGGUUGUUAGGAUACUAAAAAGGUAGGUAUUUUAUAUAUGUAUGUAGGUUUUAGUUUCUUCUUUGUGCCCCAUACGUUUUUAUUGAGAUUCUGUAAUUAAAAGAUGGGAAAAGAG